AGAACCUACACACUCUGCACAAGCAGAUGUCUGAGAAAAAAAGAAAGCACCUCCCAUAUUAAGAGAAGGUGGCUCGACGACCAGAAACUAAAUUUUGCAGAUCCGUGUUGUUGAGAGAACAGUUAGUGAUUUUAUGGUACACUACGUCCGUAGACGUCUGGAUUUCUUGACGUCAAAAGAAGUCUGAGCGCAUCCAGCGCUGCGCACAAGCUCAGCAACCACAUCUUUCCCAGAGGAAAGCAGGACACCGCACAGCUGCAGCUCGCCAUUUAGCUUUAGUGUGGCGAAUCCAAUCAGCGUUGUAGGAUGCCUCUUGGAGAGGAUGGAAACGGAUGGAAGAAGAAGACAUCAGACAUCAAAGAACAUUAUGACUUCAAAGAAGUGCUGGGAACGGGGGCUUUCUCCGAGGUGGUUCUCGCAGAGGAGAAGAGGACUCAGAGGCUAGUGGCCAUCAAGUGCAUCCCUAAGAAAGCCCUGGAAGGAAAAGAGAACAACAUUGAAAACGAGAUCGCUGUUCUGCACAGAAUCAAGCACCCAAACAUUGUUUCACUGGAGGACAUCUUUGAGAGUAUGUCUCAUCUAUAUCUUGUCAUGCAACUAGUUUCUGGUGGGGAACUUUUCGACCGGAUUGUGGAGAAAGGGUUCUACACGGAGAGGGAUGCCAGCCAGCUCAUCCACCAGAUCUUGGAUGCUGUAAAAUAUCUCCAUGAUAUGGGAAUCGUCCACAGAGAUUUGAAGCCAGAGAAUUUACUGUACUACAGUAUGGACGAGGACUCCAAGAUCAUGAUCAGUGACUUUGGUCUGUCGAAGAUCGAGGGAGCGGGCAGUGUCAUGUCCACAGCGUGUGGUACUCCUGGUUAUGUGGCCCCCGAAGUCCUCGCUCAGAAACCAUACAGUAAAGCUGUGGAUUGUUGGUCCAUAGGAGUUAUUUCUUACAUUUUACUCUGUGGAUAUCCUCCGUUUUACGACGAAAAUGAUGCCAAGUUAUUUGAGCAGAUUCUGAAAGCAGAGUAUGAAUUCGACUCUCCAUACUGGGAUGACAUCUCAGAUUCAGCCAAAGACUUCAUCUGUCAUAUGAUGGAAAAGGACCCCAUGAAGAGGUAUACUUGUGAGCAGGCUCUCCAACAUCCUUGGAUAUGUGGUGACACAGCUCUGGACAAGAAUAUACAUGAAUCUGUCAGUGCUCAAAUCAAGAAGAACUUUGCCAAAAGUAAAUGGAAGCAAGCAUUCAAUGCUACGGCGGUGGUGCGACACAUGCGGAGGCUGCAGCUGGGCACCAGUCUCGAGGGACCGAGUCAGAUUACUCCCACCAGUCCCUGCCAUGGACAUCUGCUCCCAGAGGAGGAGGUGGAGGAAGAAGAGGAUGAACUGGGGAACGAGGAGGAGGAGAGCUUGUCGCACUACGAGGAUGGUCGUCGUGGAAGUAACGAGGGUAGCACAGAUCGGGACAGCCUGAGAAGCUGCACCUACUGCUGCAGGCCAACCAGUCGCAUCUGAGCAAAGCCUCCUGGUGUCCUGAUGAUUAAGUGUCUUUGGAGCACCCAGAACCCGCCCACCCAGUCUGGCCAGUAAGGCAGAGUAGAUAUUAGUCAAUGUCCACCAGAGCACAUACCCAGAAAACAGUACUCCUCUACUUUCUUUUUUUUUUAAAGA